UUCGGAGGACAAGAGAAGUCAUUCCUCACCACCGGUGGAUUAAUUAACACGAUGUUUCCUUCGCAAACUACACGCAUACCUACUGGAAAAUGGGCGGAAGUACACGACCCGGGUCGGGAGGAAGGGAAUAUACAUCGCCGUCACCAUCGACGACCGUAGGUGGGCUGCCACCCACCCCAGCUGAUGGACGACAAACUGAUGGCAGCGGGCGCGCGGUCGUAGGAUCCACCGACGAUUUCUUUUUGAAUAGGCAAAUUAGUAGUUCCCAAGUGUGCACCCAACUCGACUGCUGGGUGGCGGAAAGCUACCCCCCAAACCAGCAGUUUUUUUUUCUUUCCAUGGGUGACGACUAGCCUGAUAUCAUGGUAGAAGAGAGUACCCCCACAAGCAAAAGAGCACACAAAAAAGCCGCGUGACCUCCAGGUCUCGACUCAGUUGGCGCUACGCCGUUGAUCCGGAAGGAAAUAUCCUGACGCACUUUGGUGGAUCGUCCUUAGUGUGUUCUCUUUCCUUGGAUGUUAUCGUAGAACGACUCGACGUUUUUUGAUUAAUGCCGGAGUGUUUUCGCGGGAUCUACACCAAGUGUGUGCGUUAUUUCGGGGGCUAUGGUGGAAAUGAGAUUGAAGAAACAACAAUCGAACCGUGAUGAAAACAACACACUGGAUUAUGCAUGACUCUGAAGAAAUCGAGUUAUCGGUGAACUUUGUGAAUAAUUUCUCUGAGGCUGGCACGCAGCCGACGACGGGCGGACGUUGAUUGACUGACGUGAACUUGAAGAGUCGAAGAGCAACGGCAACGGCUGAGCUGAAGUGUAUAGUGUGUAAAUUGCCUAUCGAUUUAAAAUAUCGUGAUUCCCGCUUCGGAGUUGGCCAGGAUUCCCAAAGGACGACGCAAGAGCAUGACUCGGAAUACGCACUGAAACGCGAGACAUACUGUGAUGCAAACGAUUCGAAUAGUGCCGUCUCCAUCGUUUGCGAUUAGCGGGCUCGCAGACAAAGAGGAAACCUCAUCGAAAAGUGCAAGUGGUUCGUGAAAAAAGUAGGGCACAUUCCCAUCUGGAUUCCCCUCCUACGCUACGUAAUAGUUAGUGGUGUGUGUCAGUGACAGUUUUUGUUGUGCAGCUGCAGCUGCAGCAUCAACCCCCUCAUCACUACUGCAACCAUGAGACGAGCCAGUAGUACAUUGUCGACGCAACGGCUGGCAGUGCUCACGGCUGUCAGUACGCACAAUAUGAUCGGCAACCAAACGGUGUCCUACUACAAUGCGGCGGGAAACUCAAGCAGUAGUGUACGUGGAUCCGGCCACCAUCACCAGGGUCUGCAAACGCUUCGGCCGGGAGCAAAUAUGCACGGCAACGUUAACGUCAUGCUUGGCGGGGCGAUGCUCUCUGUGGUAAUAACGGUGCUGUGUUUCGUGUGCUACUGUUGCCAUCGGAACAUCAAGAAGCGAUCCAAUUCUAUCUACCGGCAGCAGUGGUUGGAAAACGAAGCCAAUAUGGAGAUCUACAGCGUGGAACAGUGCUACGACACCCCCACCGGGUACGGUCCAUCAUCCGUUGGAAUCGAUGAUAAUGGAGUCAAUUCAGUUCGGUGCGGCCCCUACUUUAUGGAGAACAGCUCCGGCAACGAGUACCAACCGAUUCCGGCCACCGCAGCUGCAUCGGCUGUUCAAGUCCAGCAACAUCCCCAUCAGUACUCGCACCUCUUCAAUGGACCCCCGCCAAGUUACGAUGCCGUCCUGGCCCAAGAUGAAAUAGCCGCCACGUCCAAGUCCCGCCCGAAGAGUUCAGACCUGUGCAGCACACUUUCGUCAGACGGGGGCGAGUCAAACCCCCGAGGCCUGUCGGCGAAACUGGAGCGACUUCUGAACGAUCCCACAGGGACUCAACGCCGAAAGCGAAUGGAACCGGACUUCACCGACCUGGGUCGAAUGAUUGGCCUGCCCGGAUGUGACGAAAUUGGCAAUUGCAGCUGUCCGUUGAGUGACAGUUUGCAAGUGUACUGUCGCAAGUGCGGUCAAUACGUGGACGGCGGCCUAGUGCAAAAUCAUCUCAACAACAAUCAGCUGCUGGGCUGUGAGGAGAGUACGACGGGCGGCGGUGGUAAUACCAAUUGGACCGGGUCAACCGCAAUUGGCUGUGACAAUCUGAUGGACUGCGACGAUGGAGACAAUAACGGCAACAGCAUUCAGAUCACCAACAGUGACAAUGGGAUCACCUACCGCAGCAUCAGCGGUAGCGCAUUGAAUGAGCUGCUAUUACAAGAUUUACAAUUUCAUUCAACCGACGAUACGGUAGCACCGGCGACGAUGACUGCGGCCGCCGCCACCACCGGUGAGCUCGACAAUGAUUGGAGCUGCUGCACCGGUCGCGAUGACGCCCGGCAUAAUGAGGAGAAUAAUAAUAAUCUCACGUCGAGUGCAUCGCUGCCACCGCUCCUCGUCAUAGCUAGAACAAUACCGGUUGAUGGUUCGGCAGUCGGAGGUGCUUUUGUACCGGCAGAUACCGGCAGCAAUAACGCUAAUAGCCCUAACAACAACGGCAAUCACGAAUCGGCACAGGCUACCGUAGAAGUUGGGGCAGGUCCGAACGGCGGUGAAGGCAAUAAACCAGCAGCUGAUAACGACGGUGGUGACACUUUUCGGAACCUGACCGAAAAUGGACUGGUUCGGUUGGACAUGAGCCAGAUUAUAGAUCAGACGGGACUGCCGACAUAUGAAGCGGCGCUACGUUUGGAAUCCAGUGGAUAUGUUUGAGGGCCGGGGGGUGAAGGC